AUGGCUGAAAAGGAAGCCACCGUCUACGUGGUUGACGUGGGCAAAUCGAUGGGGAAGCAGAGCAAUGGGCGAUCCAUCUCUGAUCUCGAUUGGGCGAUGCGUUAUGUAUGGGACAAAAUCACCACGACCGUAUCAACUGGUCGCAAAACGGCUACUAUUGGCGUGGUUGGUCUCAGAACCGAUGGAACGAAUGUUCCACUGGAUGAUGAUGAGGGCUACGAGCAUAUUACCGUGAUGCAGAAUCUUGGGCAGAUGCUCAUGCCGGAUUUGCGGCGCCUACGGGAAGAAAUCAAGCCGAGUGAGACAGAUGAAGGAGAUGCCAUCUCGUCAUUGAUCGUUGCAAUUCAGAUGAUCAACGUCUAUACCAAGAAAUUGAAGUACAAACGCAAAAUAUACCUGGUUACCAAUGGGGAAGGGACAAUGAGCUCAGAUGGGCUAGAAAGUAUUGCAGAUAAGCUCAAGUCUGACAAUAUUGAACUUGUCGUGCUGGGCGUGGACUUCGAUGACUCCGAAUAUGGCAUCAAAGAAGAAGACAAAGAUGAAAGAAAGGCAGAGAAUGAAGCUUUGCUUCGUGGCCUCGUGGAAGAUUGCGAUGGUGUAUAUGGCACAUUAGCACAAGCGAUAGCAGAACUUGAUACACCACGUGUCAAAACCGUCCGCGGUAUACCAUCAUUCAGAGGAGAGCUCAAGCUUGGGGAUCCUACAAAAUACGAUACAGCUCUACGAAUCCAAGUUGAACGCUAUUACCGAACAUAUGUUGCUAAACCACCGAGUGCCAGCUCCUUUGUGGUAAAAUCAGGCGGAGAGCAGGGUGAACCCUCAAUGGAAACCGCCGAGAGUAGUAAGUACGUGGAUACUAACCUAAAAAACGUGCGAAACGUACGAACGUAUCACGUCGAUGAUCCUUCGGUUGCUGGCAGCAAGCGAGAGCUGGAACGAGAAGAGCUGGCGAAGGGUUACGAAUACGGCAGAACAGCAGUCCAUAUCAGCGAGUCUGAUGAGAACAUCACAAAACUGGAGACUUCUGCUGCUUUAGAAUUGAUAGGUUUCAUUCAGGCCGAUCAAUACGAUCGCUAUAUGAACAUGUCUACCAGCAACGUCAUCAUUGCUCAAAAAACCAACGAUAAGGCAGCGUUGGCGCUUUCCUCAUUUAUCCAUGCCUUGUUUGAGCUCGACUGCUAUGCAAUCGGAAGAUUCGUUGCCAAGGAUAAUAAGAAUCCACUGAUAGUUCUUCUCGCACCCUCGAUCGAACCAGACUUCGAAUGUCUGCUCGAAGUGCAACUCCCCUUUCAUGAAGACGUCCGAUCAUAUAAAUUCCCGCCACUAGACAAGGUCAUCACUGUCUCCGGUAAGGAGUUAAAGGAGCAUCGAAACCUCCCAAGCGAAGACCUAACGAAUGCAAUGAGCAAAUAUGUUGAUAGCAUGGAGCUCGUUGAUAAGGAUGAAGAAGGAGAACCGAUUGAUAUAAUACCAAUGGAGGAUUCCUACUCGCCUUUGCUACACCGUAUUGAACAAGCGGUUCGAUGGCGAGCCAUUCAUCCGGAUGAGCCAGUGCCGCCGCCAUCAGAAAAGUUAACACAGCUAUCCAAACCACCGAAGAGCAUCCAAGAGCGCUCACAGAAAUACCUCGACCGAAUUAUAAAAGCAGCCGAUGUAAAGAAAGUACCACCAAAAGCAAAAGGCCACAAACGCAACCGCGACGUGGACAAGCCUCUUUCCGGGCUCGACGUAGACGAACUACUCCACCGCGAGAAACGAGCAAAGAUAUCAGCCGCAAAUGCCAUUCCGGAAUUUAAACAAACGCUUGCCACCGCCGAGACCAUUGAAGCCGUCAAGGAUGCCGCUGGCCAGAUGGAGAAGAUUAUUGAGGGCCAUAUACGAACCAGCUUUGGUGACUCAAACUACGACCGUGCUGUUGAGGAGCUCGGCGUCUUGCGUGAAGAGCUUAUUGAUUAUGAAGAACCAGGGCUGUACAAUGAUAUCAUCUGGAGGAUCAAAGAUAAGAUCCUGAAGGAGCAAUUGGGAGGUGAUAGGCAGGAGUUGUGGUGGUUGAUUCGACGGUCAAAGGUCGGGCUGAUUGAUAAGUCGGUUUCGGAUCGAUCCGAGGUCACUGAAGAAGAGGCCAAACAGUUCCUGUCUUCGAAGUAG